UGCCGGCUGCGUCUUCAGUCUUACGGUUCGGACGGCGCACUCUGCGUGUAGAAAACCUGAGGAGAUUAUUAUUCGUCGUCGUAUCGUUUAUAAAAAAAGUCCCGCCGGAACGCAGACAGUCGCCGACGUCGACGACGAUGCCAUCCUCUUGCUGACGGGACCAGCGAACGCGCGCCAGGAUGAUCGGCCGUCACGUCCGCGCCGCUUUCUUCAGCCUGGUGAUUGCCACGUGCCUGUGGCGAGGCACACGGCAGGAAGGGAGCAGGCAGAGCAGAGAGGUGAUAUUGAACAUCAGCGAUGACCAGAAGACGCAGUAUCUGAACCAAGACUUCUACUCGAACGCAUACAAUUAUGGUUACGAGAUCAGCCCGAGCGGGCAGUUCCACCACGAGACACGCGGCCCGGACGACAUAACCUACGGUUGCUACGGGUACAUAGACCCGUUCGGCAAAUUGAAGACCACGUUCUACAUCAGCGACGGCUGGGGCUAUCGCGUCGUCCAGCCUGGAAAAACCAUCGAACUGUUCCUGAAUCAACAUGAGCAUCAUCAGCAAGACGACGCUCAGCAAAACGAACAAGACCACCACGAACAUCACGGAGUGAUGACGCAAUGGAAGGACCUGUUCUUCCCGGAGGUCUGCAGGCAAUUCGACGGAACGGGCAACAGACCGGGCGUAGUUCCACCUGGAGGUUAUCCACCGACGGAUGGUUCAAGUAACGGAGGAACUCCAGGAUAUCCACAAUAUCCGUCGCCGCCUGGAUAUCCUGGGCAACCUGGAUAUCCGGGAACACCUGGGCAACCUGGAUAUCCGGGGACACCUGGGAAACCUGGAUAUCCAGGUGAACCCGAAGGGCCAGGACAACCUGGAUAUCCUGGAACACCCGGACAACCUGGAUAUCCUGGAACACCCGGACAACCUGGAAAACCAUCACAACCAGGAUAUCCCGGCACACCUGGAAAACCAGGAACGCCUGGACAGCCUGGAUAUCCAGGUACACCUGAACAACCUGGGUACCCUGGAACACCUGGAUAUCCUGGAACACCGGGCGAACCUGGACAGCCCGGAACACCCGGACAACCUGGCAAACCAUCACAACCAGGACAUCCCGGCACACCUGGAAAACCUGGCUAUCCUGGACAACCUGGAUAUCCUGGAACACCUGAACAACCUGGGUAUCCUGGAACACCCGGGAAGCCUGGACAACCUGGGUAUCCCGGCACGCCUGGACAACCUGGGUACCCUGAAACACCUGGGAAGCCUGGACAACCUGGCUAUCCUGGAACACCUGAACAACCUGGAUACCCUGGAACACCAGGAAAACCCGGACAACCUGGGUAUCCCGGCACACCUGGAAAGCCUGGACAACCUGGUUACCCUGGUACCCCCGGCAAGCCUGGAGAACCUGGCUAUCCUGGAACGCCUCAACAACCUGGGUAUCCCGGAACGCCUGAACAACCUGGGUACCCGGGAACACCUGGAAAGCCUGGACAACCUGGGUACCCGGGAACACCUGGUAAGCCUGGACAACCUGGCUAUCCUGGUACGCCUGGAACACCUGGACAACCUGGGUAUCCUGGAACUCCUGGCAAGCCUGGACAACCAGGCUAUCCUGGAACACCCGAACAACCUGGAUACCCUGGAACACCAGGAAAGCCUGGACAACCUGGAUAUCCUGGAACACCUGAACAACCUGGGUAUCCUGGAACACCUGGGAAGCCUGGACAACCUGGGUACCCUGGAACACCUGGGAAGCCUGGACAACCUGGCUAUCCUGGAACACCUGAACAACCUGGAUACCCUGGAACACCAGGAAAACCCGGACAACCUGGGUAUCCCGGCACACCUGGAAAGCCUGGACAACCUGGUUACCCUGGUACCCCCGGCAAGCCUGGAGAACCUGGCUAUCCUGGCACGCCUCAACAACCUGGCUAUCCUGGAACGCCUGGAACACCUGGACAACCUGGAUAUCCUGGCACACCUGGUAAGCCUGGACAACCUGGCUAUCCUGGAACGCCUGAACAACCUGGGUACCCAGGAACACCAGAACAACCUGGGUAUCCCGGAACACCUGGACAACCUGGGUAUCCCGGAACACCUGGACAACCUGGGUAUCCUGGAACACCUAGCAAGCCUGGACAACCUGGAUAUCCUGGAACACCUGGACAACCUGGCUAUCCUGGAACGCCUGAACAACCUGAGUACCCUGGAACACCUCAAAAGCCUGGACAACCUGGUUAUCCCGGCACACCUGGAAAGCCUGGACAACCUGGGUAUCCUGGAACGCCUGAACAACCUGAGUACCCUGGAACACCUGAAAAGCCUGGACAACCUGGUUAUCCCGGCACACCUGGCAAGCCUGGACAACCUGGAUAUCCUGGAACACCUGGACAACCUGGCUAUCCUGGAACGCCUGAACAACCUGGGUAUCCUGGAACACCUGGAAAGCCUGGACAACCUGGACAUCCCGGCACACCUGGAAAGCCUGGACAACCUGGGUAUCCCGGUACACCUGGUAAGCCUGGAGAACCUGGGUAUCCUGGAACACCUGAACAACCUGGAUACCCUGGAACGCCUGAACAACCAGGGUACCCCGGAACACCCGGAAAGCCUGGACAACCUGGCUAUCCUGGAACACCUGGCAAGCCUGGACGACCUGGAUAUCCUGGAACACCUGGACAACCUGGCUAUCCUGGAACGCCUGAACAACCUGAGUACCCUGGAACACCUCAAAAGCCUGGACAACCUGGUUAUCCCGGCACACCUGGAAAGCCUGGACAACCUGGGUAUCCUGGAACGCCAGGCAAGCCUGGACAACCUGGAUAUCCUGGAACACCUGGUCAACCCGGCUAUCCUGGAACGCCUGAACAACCUGAGUACCCUGGAACACCUGAAAAGCCUGGACAACCUGGUUAUCCCGGCACACCUGGCAAGCCUGGACAACCUGGAUAUCCUGGAACACCUGGACAACCUGGCUAUCCUGGAACGCCUGAACAACCUGGGUACCCCGGAACACCCGGAAAGCCUGGACAACCUGGCUAUCCUGGAACACCUGGCAAGCCUGGACGACCUGGAUAUCCUGGAACACCUGGACAACCUGGCUAUCCUGGAACGCCUGAACAACCUGGGUACCCCGGAACACCCGGAAAGCCUGGACAACCUGGCUAUCCUGGAACACCUGGCAAGCCUGGACAACCUGGAUAUCCUGGAACACCUGGACAACCUGGCUAUCCUGGAACGCCUGAACAACCUGGGUACCCCGGAACACCCGGGAAGCCUGGACAACCUGGCUAUCCUGGCACCCCUGGCAAGCCUGGACAACCUGGACAACCUGGCUAUCCUGGAACACCUGAACCACCUGGAUACCCUGGAACACCUGGGAAGCCUGGACAACCUGGCUAUCCUGGAACACCUGAACAACCUGGAUACCCUGGAACACCAGGAAAGCCUGGACAACCUGGAUAUCCCGGCACACCUGGACAACCUGGGUAUCCUGGAACACCUGGCAAACCUGGAGAACCCGGUUAUCCUGGAACACCUGAACAACCUGGGUAUCCUGGAACGCCUGAACAACCUGGAUAUCCCGGCUUACCUGGAAAGCCUGGACAACCUGGGUAUCCCGGCACACCUGGAAAGCCUGGACAACCUGGAUAUCCUGGACAACCUGGCUAUCCUGGAUCGUCUGAACAACCUGGAUAUCCUGGAACACCUGCACAACCUGGUUAUCCUGGAUAUCCUGGAACACCUGAACAACCUGGGUAUCCUGGAUAUCCUGGAGCACCUGAACAACCUGGGUAUCCUGGAACACCGGGAAAGCCUGGGCAACCUGGAUAUCCCGGCACACCUGGAUAUCCUGGAACACCUGAACAACCUGGAUACCCUGGAACGCCUGGACAACCUGGAUAUCCAGGAACGCCACCAUAUCCUGGAUAUCCUGGCACUCCCGGUACCCCUGGUACACCAUCACAACCUGGCUAUCCAGGGACUCCGGGCCAUCCUGGAUAUCCUGGUACACCCGGGCAGCCUGGUUAUCCUGGUACACCCGGACAACCACCUAAGCCAGGACAUCCAGGACAUCCGGGUAAACCCGGCAAGCCUGGAAGACCUGGAAAACCCGGCAAGCCUGGUCACCAUGGUCCUCCGGAUCAACCUGUUACUGAACCGAGUCCACCGGAAACAACUCCAGAAGUAGAAGUUCCGGGUACACCUUCGUACCCGUCGUAUCCUGGAUAUCCCGAACGUCCUGGCACUCCUGGGACACCGGGAAGUCCCGGGAAACCUGGCAAACCUGGAAAACCUGGAACUGAUGGACAACCUGGAACUCCUGGGACUCCUGGAACACCUGGAACACCAUCACAACCUGGGUAUCCUGGAACACCAGGGCGACCUGGAAAACCUGGGAAACAUCCGAAGCCUGGAAAACCUGGCACACCACCUUAUCCUCCUCAUCCAGGAUAUCCUGAAACACCAGGGACUCCUGGAUCUCCUGGUAUACCUGGUACUCCCGGAACUCCUGGAUAUCCUGGCACCCCAGGUACUCCUGGGGGACCGUCACAUCCCGGAUAUCCCGGUACAACCGAAACUCCGCAAUAUCCUGAGGGUCCUGGGUAUCCUGGAUAUCCGGGGAAACCACCUCAUCCUGGAUAUCCUGGAACGCCUGGAUCGCCGGGUACACCUGGAACUCCUGGUAGACCAGGAACUCCUGGAACACCUGGCAUACCAGGAAUACCACCAUAUCCUCCUGGACAUCCAGGUACGCCUGGGAAGCCUCCACAUCCUGGAUAUCCUGGGUCUCCCGGAAUACCGCCGCAACCAGGAUAUCCUGGAUCUCCAGGCACACCAGGAAGGCCAGGUUCACCUGGAACACCAUCGCAUCCUGGAUAUCCUGGCACACCUGGAACUCCAGGAAGACCAGGGACACCUGGAAGACCUGGCACACCACCAUAUCCUGGAUAUCCUGGACCGCCUGAGGAACCACCUCAUCCUGGAUAUCCAGGCCCACCCGGGUUCCCACCGGAACCUGGAACUCCAGGAAGACCAGGGACACCCGGAAUACCAGGAAAGCCAGGGCACCCUGGACAUCCUGGAACUCCCGGAAAACCACCUUAUCCACCUUAUCCUGGCUAUCCAGAAACUCCAGAAACUCCUGGGACCCCAGGAAUACCCGGAAAGCCAGGAAAGCCAGGUAAACCAGGACACCCUGGAUAUCCUGGUACACCUGGCACACCACCGUAUCCUCCAUAUCCUGGCUAUCCAGAAACUCCUGGAUCACCUGGCGCACCGGGAACACCUGGAAUACCAGGAAAGCCGGGACAACCUGGCUAUCCUGGUACUCCUGGAAAACCACCUUAUCCACCUUAUCCUGGCUAUCCAGAAACUCCUGGAUCUCCUGGCGCACCUGGAACACCUGGAAUCCCAGGAAAGCCAGGACAACCUGGGUAUCCUGGUACUCCUGGAAAACCAUCUUAUCCACCUUAUCCUGGCUAUCCAGGGGCUCCAGGAUCCCCUGGUGCACCAGGAACACCUGGAAUCCCAGGAAAGCCAGGACACCCUGGAUAUCCUGAUACUCCUGGAAUACCUCCUUACCCACCACAACCUGGCUAUCCAGGCUCACCAGGAUCGCCUGGCUCACCGGGAACACCUGGAACGCCUGGAAGACCUGGAACACCUGGAAGACCUGGAACACCUGGAAUACCUGGCACGCCUGGAACACCACCUCAUCCUGGAUACCCCGGAACACCUGGCACGCCUGGAACACCUGGCCGACCUGGAACUCCCGGAAUACCAGGAAAACCACCACAUCCUGGAUACCCUGGGACCCCCGAAGGGCCCUGGGUACCAGGUGCUCCUGGAACACCACCUGAACCUGGAUACCCUGGGACUCCUGGAACUCCUGGCAGACCUGGCACUCCAGGAAUACCAGGUACACCAGGCACACCAGGAACGCCACCGCAUCCUGGAUACCCUGGAACUCCUGGAACACCUGGCAGACCUGGAACUCCUGGAAUACCAGGAAAACCACCACAUCCUGGAUACCCUGGGACCCCCGGAGGGCCCUGGGUACCAGGUACUCCUGGAACACCACCUGAACCUGGAUACCCCGGAACACCUGGUACUCCUGGCAGACCUGGCACUCCAGGAAUACCAGGUACACCGUCUCAUCCUGGAUACCCUGGAAUCCCCGGGACACCUGGAACGCCAGGGACGCCUGGUAAACCAGGUACUCCUGGCUACCCUGGUCAUCCUGGAACAUCAACGCCAGGUCAAGACCAUCAUCCAGGCUAUCCCACAGAACCUCAAGGUCCAGAUGGCGGUGUCGGUCCUGAUGGUCCUAAUGGCCCGUGGCCCGAAGGGCCUGCUGGUCCCGAAGGCCCGGAAGGUCCAGGAGGCCCGGAAGGUCCUGGAGGUCCCGUUGGCGGUAUCGGAGGUGACGGCGGAGUGGGUGGCGUAGGUCCCAAUGGUCCCGACGGUCCCUGGCCAACGGGUUCACCGGGUCCCGACGGUCCCUGGCCUGGGGACCCAGAUUACAUCCCUGACAAGUCACCAACGUCGAAACCACGCUACGAAGGUCCCAUCAAAGUUGAAUACCCAGUGAAGUACUACGAACCUACAACUCCGUCCAGCCUAAGAGCAGGCCCAUCAGGCCGGAAGGAAGUGGACCUGUUGCGAAUUAGCUCCCAAUCGGAUUCAGACUAUAGGGAAGGCGAAACGUCCGACGACGGCAACGAAAAGAAGGUGGAUUCCAACGGGUUCGUCUUCCCGGUGAAGCUGAGCAGUCCGUUUGGCUCGAAGGACACCCGGUACCAGUCCCAAUACAAGCUGGGUCAGGUGAACCAGAACGCGGACGCCGUGAACUCUCUGCUUCAGCGGAAAGAGUCCCGCAAGUACACGGAGGAGGAGGAUGCCGGUGGUUCGGUGACGAAGACGGGGCCUUCCGGGGCCGGGUAUAACGAGGUGAAGACCUCCAGCAGCGCGAAGUACACCGGCGAGGAGCAGAGCUCCAGAGGCUACCGUAAAUUCUCGCAGCAGGUGACCAAGGUCAGCCAGCCGAUCGUUCAGGUAGAGACGGACGCCGAGCUGCGGGGCCAGGGCCAAGGGAGCGUAAGGUAUCAGGACGGCGGUAGCGCUGCGCUGAUCAAACAGCUAGGAGCCGGACCGAGAGGCGACGCACCAAGACACGGGGCGCGAAACGAAGAGUGCAAUUGUAACGCGACGCGACAACCGGACAGUCCUCCCACGAAAGUCUACCGUGUACAAACUAGAAGCCCCUGACGCUGAUCGGCCACGCCGGUUGCCCGUCCAUCAGCUGCUGGACAGCUGACGGAUGGCCACGCUGACGCCAACGUGGUCCGCGGGUUCGACCUUGCCACGAUACCAGAGAGAUUCGCCGAUACGAUUCUCGGCUAUGGAGCCGCGCCCCCCGCCCUUCUUGCUAGAGAUUCCCUGCUUUAACUUCGAGCUUACUUCAUGGUCACCGAGCAUUCUUAUUCAGAUUCUAUUUUCUUAACUAACGAUUUGGCUGCGGCCAUCGAACCCUAGAACUACCAAACCAAUAACUAGUUUCCGGUUUUUUUGCAUUCAGACUUGCUGAAAAUGUAUGAACGUUUAUACCAGGAGAAGUUCUUUAUUCGAUGGUACACUACGCCAUUGCUAUGAAACAAUACACAGAGUAUCCGAGGAAAGCGUUGGCACAUGAUGAUUCCUGAGACGAUUUCGAGCAACUUUUUCCUUUACAGAAAUCUUCUCCGUGGCUCCGUUGUCGAGUUAUUCGCGAAAAACAUUGUCCAAUUUCGGAGCGAGCGCGGCUGGCGCCACGCCUACGCGGCUAUCGCGGCGCCGCGCCCGCUAUCAUGUGGCGUCCGCGCGAGGCCACCGAUUGGCCCGCGAUCUUUCGCUAAUAACUUGUGAACGGGUCGUCUCCGAAGAUUUUCGUAAAGGAAAAAGUUGCUUGAAAUCGUUCGAGGAAUCUGUCUUUCUAACGGCGUACGUUUCUAGAAGAUUCUGUGCAUCGAUCGGUGGUUCUAGCGUUGAGUAACUGAGAAAGUUAACGCAGGGAACAGUUCACUUCACGCGAACGGUUGAACUUGGGAUUCUUUUUUUUCUUAGUUGUAACGCAGGUGUUAUUCCCAUCGUAUCUCAUUGUCAUAUGAUAUUUAAUUUCAAGGCUCGUUUCGGCCGACGUUUACCAGAACGUCCGACGAAUCCGCUCCUGGAUCCGACUCGUGGAAAACGUCGCGCUGGAAACGAGACGAAUUCCGUCCUCAUCCUCGCCGGCUUGGAAUUAGACAUUGGCCGCGCGAACGCCACUAACACGUACGAACAGGUGUAACGAUAGAUAAUUCAUUAGGUUCCGACCCGGUUCGACCUAUUUAUUUCAACGAAGCCGCGCUCCGACGACGUUUCUCUUCCGCCGCCGUUGCAGAACGGAAAUUCUGUUAGCACCGCGCGGAAGAAAAUCUAAUGGAUUGCUUAUCGGCGCACCUGGCACGGUAUUAUCAUUGAGCACGCACAGAGAACGGUUUUUCGUGUAUUUUUAUCGACGCAACCUCGAUUUUUUUUUACAAGAAUCCUCAACGAUCAAGAUUCGAAGAAAAAAAGUUCAACGGAGCAGACCGUAGGCGACUGUGCGUGCUCGAUACGCUCUUCUUAUCAUCGUAACAGAUUUAUAAUUGUAUUUUUUUUACAAUGUCUAUGUAAACACACUGUGUGUCCACUUCGACAAAUUCUCUAUAAAUUAUAUUAUAUUAUAUUAUAUUAUAACUGUACAUAUUAAUAUUGCGGUCGUCCGGUGUCCCGUCACGGAGCAUCGAUCGUUUUACAAUAAAUAAAACUAAUCGCAAAUUUAUGUAUCAUCGAUCCUUAUUUAUUCGUUGCUUCUUUUAACGACAACACCGCGCAUGGAUCCUGCUAGACGGAUAACAGAGUUCAGAGAUGGUUCGAGAGCUUGCCGAGAAUCGUCCAGAUAUUAUUAUUUAUUAUUGUCGACAAUAUGUAUGUACAUUGCACGAGGUAUAAUAAACCAUAACAGAGAUUA